AUGACAGAAGAAGUAGACAGAAGACAUGGUGUGAAUGGGAACAGCAGUAGUAAGGGUGUCAAUGACGAUCCUCCUGUGCAUAGUUCAGCUACCGCUACUUCGGGUGGAAGACUCAAAUUCUUUAAAGAUGGAAAGUUCAUAUUGGAACUGGUGCGAGGAAGCGCGCGCGAGGGCGAGCGCGCGGGCUGGGUGUCGGUGCCGCGCAAGACAUUCUGGCCGCCGGCCGCCGCGCCGCCCACGCCGCCCACGCCGCCGCACGCCGCGCCGCCCUGCGCCUCGCUCUCCGACGACAACUCCUCGCUGCACUCGUCGCCCUGCACCUCGCACCGGGAUCACUGCUGGAAGCAGCCCACGCCGCGCCGCCAUCUCUCCAAAGAGCUAGCCAUGUACUACUGCAGGCCCGCCACCCUGCUCACCGCGCACAUACACGCCGCCUCGCGCCGCAAGCGCCGACGCCCGUUCGACACCGCCCAUCACGCGCCCGCCCGACAUCAGCCGCCCAACGGCCUCUGCGACAAAAGACGCAACGGAGAUAUCGCCGCGGCCGAGGAUGUUGUAGACGCGCCCACUGAAGCGAAAACGAAAAUGGACGACGACAGGUGGACGGAUUUCGACAGAGAGAAAUAUUAUCAUAUGAAACUUAAAAAACCAUAUCAGUAUCAUAAGUUAAGAGUGUACAAGAAGACGAGGCCGGCGAUAAGGCGAAAAGAGUUGACGCGAACGAUAGACAGACUCCGCGAGAAGGUGGCGUCGCUCCCCGUGCUCGUCAACGCGAAGCUGGCGAGCUGUCGGCAGGAGCACAUGAUGGUGUCGCCGCGCAAGCGCAUCCUGCGCGAGAUGGAGCGCGUGAGCCUGGAGGACCAGGGGACGAAGCGGCGCGCCAAGACGGUGCCGGCGCUGAGCACGGCCUCCUACCCGCCGUCGCCGGGGCCCAGCCACGCCGGCGCCCAGCCCGCGCGCGCGCACAACGGCACCGUCGGUGCCGCGCCGCGCAAAGACGCGCCCGUCUCCAAGAACGUGAGCAGCUACAGCAUCCACUCGCUGCUGAGCAUGCCCGACGAGAGCCCAGCGCGCAGCCCGCACCCGCCCUGCGUGCGCUCGCCCGACCUCAGCCCCAGCCCCGACGGCUACCGCUACCGCUACUCGGCGUUGACGCUGGGCUCGCCGGGGCGCGGGCCGGCGCGCGACUCGCCCACGCCGCCGCAGCCCGCGCCGCCGCCGCCGCCCGGGCGGUACGCACCGCCCACGCCGCCCUACGGGCCGGGCGCGGCGGGCGGGCGGUCGCGCGUGGGCGGCGCCGGCGUACCGCGCGCGCGACGAGUGGGCGGGCGCGCCCUACCUGCUGGGCUACCCGUACGUGCCGCACGUGUACCGCGCGCCGGCGCCCGCGCCGCUGUGGCUGCACUACGCGCCGCCCGGCCCGUGGGCGCCGCUGGCGCACCCGCUGCUCACCGACCACAUACCCAAGGACGAACCCACUUCAGAUUUGCCCCUGAACCUGUCGAAGCACUGAGCCGCCGAGGCGCCCGCGGCGCGACGGCGCGCACUCGACGUGCACUCGCCUCGUACCUUUACAAAGCUAAUCAAAGACUCUUAGAU